CGGGGACUUUUCGGCCAAUCGCGAGGCGGGAAGAGCCAAAGCAGGAACAGGUGGGCCUGAUUGCAAAAGGAAAAGAGUGCAGAAGCAGGAAGGAGUGGGGCAGGGCCUGCUGCAAACCAUGAGGUUCAACCAAGGGCUGGUCACGUCGUUCCAAGCUCCGACAACGGUCCGUAAAUUCUCCAGCAGCCAGGUUUACCUGUUCAGAAGCGAACGGUCGGAGUCGGAUGAGUCCUCGGAGGAAGAGCUUGACGUGAUGGAAUUGCGAGCGAGAGGGAAGGAGCUUCAGCAAAGGAAUGCUUCCCGCGAGAAAGUUGGGGACAUCGUCUUACUGGAACGAGAAGUCCGAGAAGACGACAGUCUCAACAAGUUGGCCCUGCAGUAUGGAUGCAAGGUCGCAGAUAUCAAACGGGUCAAUAACUUUAUCUGGGAACAAGACUUGUAUGCUCUGAAAUCCAUCAAAAUUCCAGUCAAGGUCAACAGUGUAUUGACGGAAACGAGUGAGGAGUUGCCACACAACGCCUCUGUAUCACUGGCUGAACUGCUGGAAGGUGAUGACGGUGACAACCGAGAACCAAUCAGUCAGUAUUUCAGAGGGAUUGACGAGAACAUCGAACAAGCGGCACAAGUGACGGUCUCACCAAGCUCAGACUAUUGCAUUGAAACGCCAGACUGGUCCCCUCAGCGGCAGAAAGAAACCACUAGCGGAGCAGAUUGUGGCAUCCAGUGGUGGAACGCGGUCUUCGUUAUGCUCCUUGUAGGAAUUGUUUUGCCCGUGUUUUAUAUUGUCUAUUUUAAAACCCAGAAGCUGGAAGUGGCCGGCGAUGCUUCCAAUGUAACUGCCAACAACUCAUUGCAUGGGUUUACUGUGGGAGCACCGGUCCAUCUCGGGCAUAUCUCCAAAGUAGGCGCUUUAAUCCCAGCCGGCGGAUGAGGGUGAGAGACAAAAGUGGGUAAGACACUCUGUGCUUUCAACGUAACAUUCUGGAUGAGACUGUAAGUUACGGGUGUUGAACUUGUAAAGGGGACUAAGGGGAAACAAGGGCAGAAAUGAGGCACUGAUGGCAGCCGGUCAGUUAUGGAUUCGCCCUAAAGGAAGAGGGUGGUGGGAUUUUGACAUCAGAAAAGGGUGCACUGACAUACCUCCACUUGUUUGUCUGUAAAAGUGCAUUUCGGCAAGCAUCAUCAGCAACCUCAGUUAGAAGAAAUAAGGUCAGUUUAUGGAAACAAGGAAGGAGAGCUCAUUUAGACUCCCAAUAAACUUGCCACUGCUUUCCCAUAUAGUUAGAUUUUCACUGCCUUUUUCAAGACAAGUUUCUCUGAUGAAACAAAUACCCACGUUUCUCCGCAAAUUUAAUCCCCUAGUUUAAAACUGGGCCAACUUUGGCCCUUCCUCCCACAAUUCCUAACAGCGCUGUUAGGAAUUCUAGGAGUUGAAGUCCAAAACACCUGAAGUUGGCCCAGGUUUAAACUAAGGAAUUAAACAAUUUCAUGUCUUGAUUUGAAGGAAUUGAGUUCUUUUUGUUGAUACAUUUCCCUUGGAUGCUUUCAAUAUGGGUCACCGCUAUUGCUUCUCUCAAAUUCCAGCCAUGCCGUCCUUCAUCAUAGGCCUUAACUCAAGGGUAGGCAACUAAAAAAGAUAAGGACAUUAUCCUUGGGAUAUUUUGAUGUAUUUUGAAAAUUCUACUGCAUUUUGCUUUGAUCCCUGGAAGGGAUCUGGGGAGGCUCUAGAUAUAUGGAAAUGGUCUCUAGAGAUCAUUAUGAGGUAUUUUGGCUUUUAUGUUGAACUGAGUCUUGGCCUAACAGGAUUUUCUUCAUUUAAUUUCAUGAUAAGUAUCAACUUCUGGAAGACAGUGAGGAGGGAAAACACACAUAUUUGUAUGGCUCUCUCAAAGCCUUAAUCCACAACCAUGGAAAGUAGUAAAAGUUGGCUGCCAUGGGAAAAACUGCUUAAACUGUUUCAGCUCCCUUUAGAUCAGUGGUUCUCAACCUGGGUUCCCCAGAUGUUUUGGGCCUUCAACUCCCAGAAAUUCUAACAGCUGGUUAACUGGCUGGGAUUGCUGGGAGUUGCAGGCCAAAAACAUCUGGGGACCCCAGGGUGAGAACCACUUUGCCAGAAUCCCAAGUAUUAAUUUCCAUUACAUCUCAUCUAUACGUUAAUAUGUGUCACCUAACUCACACCGUUAAUAAUGAAUUUGGAUGAGAUCACCAAAUAGGUAAAGAAGAAAGGAAUAUUUUGAAUAUCCAAGGAAGAAAACAGAGCAAUAGUCCUAUUUAUUGAGGGGGAGAAAUAAGAGAAAUUGCUGUUUUUAGGAAUGGAAAAAAGAGUGGGAAUAGAAAGCAUUUUAAAAAAAUGUAUGGAGAUAUUGUCUUGUUUGGCUGAGCCCUCAUCUAUACUUGAGCUAAGUAACAGGUAUGAUUCAUUGAACACUUCCUUGUUUUUGCCUUGUAAUGUGCUUUUCAAGAGCUUAGUAAUGGCGGGUAAUUUUAACAAUCAAAUUCCAUGUCACUAUUGGCUGCUGAAGCCACUUUUCUAUGAGUCACAACAUUCAUUUAAAUAAUUUCUACUCCUUACGUUUGUUAAGUUUGCAACCCUAGCCAUGUGGGGGAAUACCAAGUAAACUCCCUAAAAUGUAAUGGUACAUGAAUAAAAAAAAAAAGUCCAUGGUUUGA